CUCACUUUUUUUUUUUAUUCGUUGGAAAUGGGAGUGAGAAAUUUAUUUAUUUCUGUUUAUGAGCUCGAAUUUAUUAAGAGAUUGAUCGUGUGCUGAAUCAAUCAGAAGCAUGUUUUGGUGAUCAUUAAUACAGUGUUGAGGAAGCAUAGUCAUUGUUGGAGAACGAGCAUUCUUGGAAGCAGAAGCCAUGGAGAUGUCCUUACAUUUGCAGAGGCCAAUGAACUGUGGAACCUUGUUCGGCGAUAGAGGCUGUGUGAAGUUCAAACCAUUCACUGGGUCUUUCCCUAUUGGAAGAACUUCAGCUGGCUACCAAUGUUUGAUACGGCACAAAGAGUGCAUCACAGGUUGGGGUUCUUAUUGCAUCAAUUCUGCUCCAGAUUUUUCCCGUAGGAGACUGAGGAGGAUUUCAACUGCAAGGUCUAGGGACCCUCCUUCAAAGGGUUUCAUGCCAAGAUCACCUCUUGGAACAAGAAACCACAAGAGAGGACAAAAGAAGAACGGAGUUAGAGGGGAUUCAUUUACUCCAACAGCUAGUGAGAUCUCAGAGGAUGACAAAAAAGCAGUUGACGUUAAGAUUGAUCCUGAGGAAGAGGGGGCUGUUGUGUUUUCUCAGGAGAAGAAAACUGAGGUAGAUAGAACUGAUGAAGGUGCUGUGAAAGCUAGUGAAUUAUCAUCGUUGCACAAUACAUUGGAUGUUGCUAAAACUGAAAACGGAACCACUUCCCCAAUUGAAGAGGACCUUCUCGAACCACAGAAUGAAGAAACCUCUGAAAUAAGGGAUAAUGGUAAUGUUCAGGAUUCAGAGAGAAAGCUAUUAAUAUAUGAGAAAAUUGAUGAAACCAUGAAAGGAACUAAUGUUGAUACUGAUGAUAAAAUGACUGAGGAAGCCUCCCCACCGUCAAAGUUAGAGGUAGAGGCAAGUUUCCUCAAACUGAAAGAGGAUGCUCAACAAUCAAAGCUAGAGAAGGAGGCAGUACUCAAACAAGAUGAAGCUUCUCAGUCAUCAAACUUAGAGAUGGAAGAAAAUUUACACAAAAUAGAGGAAGCUUCCCGACUUUUGCAGUUAGAAAUUGAGGAGAAUUUACGCAAACAAGAGGAAGCUGCACGACUAUUGAAGCUAGAGAUGGAGGAAAAGUUGCGCAAACGAGAGGAAGCUUCUCGACAGUUGAAGUUAGAGUUGGAAGCAAAGUUACGCAAGCAAGAAAUAGAGAGGAUUGCAGAGGAAAAUUUUUCUCUAGGGAACAAGCUGUUUGUAUAUCCUUCUGUGGUUAAAGCUGAUCAAGAUAUUGAAGUAUUCUUGAACAGGAGUCUUUCAACUUUAAAUAAUGAGCCAGAUGUUUUAAUUAUGGGGGCUUUUAAUGAUUGGAGGUGGAAAUCAUUUAACCUACGGUUGAAUAAAACACAUCUAAAGGGUGAUUGGUGGUCUUGCCAUCUGAAUGUUCCAAGAGAAGCUUAUAAAUUGGAUUUUGUGUUCUUCAAUGGGCAAAAUGUCUAUGAUAAUAAUGACGGAAAGGACUUCUCUGUAUCUGUUAAUGGUGAAAUGGAUGCAUUAUCAUUUGAAGAUUUUCUUCUAGAGAAGAAGCGUAAAGAAUUAGAAGAUCUUGCCAAAGAGCAAGCAGAAAAGGAAAGGCUAGCAGAAGAGCAGAGAAAAAUUGAAGAAGAGAAAGCUGCAAAAGAAGCUGACAGGCUGCAGGCAAGGGUGGAGACUGAAAGAUUGCGAGAAACAUUUCAACAAUUGCUUAAGAAAGCUGUGAGAUCCAUGGAUAAUGUUUGGUAUAUAGAACCAAGUGAAUUCAAAGGCAAGGACUUGAUCAGGUUAUAUUAUAACAGAAGUUUAGGUCCUCUGUCACAUUCUAAUGAAGUAUGGGUUCAUGGGGGACACAAUAAUUGGAAGGUUGGGAUAUCAUUUGCUGAACAGCUUGUCCGUUCUAGCUCAAAGGAUGGUGAUUGGUGGCAUGCUGAUGUUGUUGUACCCAAUCAAGCCUUUCUCCUGGAUUGGGUGUUUGCUAAUGGUCCACCACAGAAAGCAUCUGUUUAUGAUAACAACAAGAGGCAAGACUUCCAUUCUAUUGUCCCAAAUGCCGUGCCUGAUGAACAAUAUUGGGCUGGGGAAGAGCAGCGGAUAUACCAGAAACUGCAGGAGGAGAGGAGGCUCAGGGAAGAAGCUAUACGUGCCAAGGUUGAAAGAACAGCACGUAUGAAAGCUGAAACAAAGGCGAGAACUCUAAAAGGGUUUUUGCUUUCCCAAAAGCAUGUUGUCUAUACUGAGCCUCUUGAUCUUCAAGCAGGCGGCACAGUAACAGUUUAUUAUAAUCCCACCAACACAAAUUUGAAUGGAAAACCUGUGGUCUGGUUUAGAUGUUCAUUUAAUCGUUGGACACACCGUAAAGGUCCACUUUCACCUGUGAGAAUGUUACCUGCGGAGAAUGGCACUCAUCUCAAAACCUCUGUCAAGGUACCACUGGACGCAUACAUGAUGGACUUUGUUUUCUCUGAGAGGGAAGAUGGUGGGGAAUUUGACAAUAACUAUGGAAUGGAUUAUCACAUACCUGUUUUUGGAGGAAUUGUGAAAGAACCACCUAUGCAUAUUGUACAUAUUGCUGUUGAGAUGGCCCCAAUUGCCAAAGUUGGAGGCCUUGGUGAUGUUGUUACCAGUCUUUCUCGUGCUGUUCAGGAUUUAAAUCAUAAUGUGGAUAUCAUUCUUCCAAAGUAUGACUGUUUGAACCUUAGCCAUGUAAAGGACUUGCAAUAUCGGAAAAGCUACUCCUGGAGUGGAACUGAAAUAAAAGUAUGGCAUGGAAAGGUUGAAGGCCUCUCUGUUUACUUUUUGGAGCCUCAAAAUGGAUUCUUUGGGGUUGGCUGUGUAUAUGGCCGUGGGAACGAUGGCGAGAGAUUUGGUUUCUUUUGCCAUGCUGCUCUUGAGUUUCUUCUCCAGGAUGGAUUUCAUCCCGAUAUCAUCCACUGCCAUGAUUGGUCAAGUGCACCAGUUGCAUGGCUAUAUAAAGAUCAUUAUAUGCAAUAUGGUCUUAGUAAAGCACGAGUUAUCUUUACAAUUCAUAAUCUUGAAUUUGGAGCUGCCUUGAUUGGAAAAGCCAUGACGUAUGCUGACAAGGCUACAACUGUCUCCCCAACUUAUUCAAGGGAGGUUGCUGGAAACCCUGCAGUUGCUCCUCAUCUUCACAAGUUCCAUGGAAUAUUAAAUGGAAUUGACCCAGAUAUAUGGGACCCAUAUAAUGAUAAGUUCAUACCUGUAUCAUACACAGCGGAUAAUGUUGUUGAAGGCAAAAGAGCUGCCAAGGAAGCCUUGCAACAAAGGCUUGGUCUAAGACGGGCUGAUAUUCCUUUAGUAGGAAUUAUUACUCGAUUGACUCAUCAGAAAGGAAUCCAUCUCAUCAAACAUGCUAUAUGGCGCACUCUAGAUCGUGGUGGACAGGUUGUGUUACUUGGUUCAGCUCCAGAUCCUCGUAUCCAGAAUGAUUUCAUUAAUUUGUCCAACGAGUUGCAUUCUGCUCAUCAUGACCGUGCGAGACUACGUCUUACAUAUGACGAACCGCUUUCACACUUGAUAUAUGCUGGUGCUGAUUUUAUUCUAGUUCCUUCAAUUUUUGAGCCAUGUGGACUAACUCAACUCACAGCAAUGAGAUAUGGUUCAAUACCUAUUGUUAGAAAAACUGGAGGACUAUAUGAUACUGUGUUUGAUGUUGAUAACGAUAAGGAAAGAGCACAAGCGCAAGGUCUUGAACCAAAUGGAUUCAGUUUUGAUGGAGCUGAUGCUGGAGGUGUUGAUUAUGCUCUUAAUAGGGCAAUAUCAGCAUGGUAUGAUGGCCGUGAUUGGUUUAAUACAUUAUGCAAGACUGUAAUGGAGCAAGACUGGUCCUGGAACCGACCUGCUCUUGACUAUCUGGAACUUUACCACGCUGCACGCAAGUCAACAUGAGAAUUCAAUGGGUAGAAAAUGAGCCAUCUGCAAGUUCAAGUCUCUCUUUUCCUUUCCUGUACAGGAUUAGGCAUAAGCUUCAAUUUAAGCAUUAAAUUAAAUGAUUGUACAUAGUGAACCCUUUUUUUUGGUAGCAUGCAAUAAUAGGGUAGGUUAUGGCAUAGAUUAGUUUGCCAUUUUAUUGUGGGAGACGAGUCAAUUUGUCGGUACAUACCCUUGAAUUGAUGAAUCAUUGAAAUAAAAGCAAUGCAGAAUAAAAAGA